AGGGCACAAGUUUAUUGAGCCAUUAUCAGGACGAAGAAACGAGCAUGAAAAAGCACGUAAACAAAUCAAAGAUAAGUGGCAGAGAGAGUUAAAGAGAAUGCAUGAAGCCAUAAGCAACUUACGGAAGGCAAAAGGUUUAUAUUAUCAGCGGCAGCAAGAAUAUGAAAAAGCCAAAGAAUCGGCUUUAAAAGCUGAAAGUUCCGAGAGCAGUGAAACAAGCAAAGUGGACAAGAAACGACGCUUAGAGGAUGAUGCUUCACAGAGAGCUACUGAAGCUGAAACAACUUAUAAAGCUUGUAUAAUAGAAGCUAACGAGAGACAACAGAAAUUACAAAUGGUUAAGGCAGAAGUGUUAAAGCUUGUCCGCGAACUCGUAUACCAGUGUGAUCAGACAAUGAAGGCCGUUACAGUCGCUUACUUUCAACUUCAGCAUACAAUUUCUGCCCCUGCUCCUGUACAGUUCCAGACCCUAUGUGAAACCAGUAGACUGUAUGAGCCAGGAACUCAAUACAUGGAAUAUGUGAAACAUCUUUCUCCUUCAGGGAAAACGUAUUACGGAGCCAUUCCUUUUACGUUUGAGCCUUUCUCUUGUGACAGUAGGUUUGAUAAAGAUCGUCGUUCUAAUGGCUCGAUGGAGAGUUGUGAAGAUUCUCCACUCCAUCCAUCUGUUUACAGCAAGUUAUCUACGGACAGUAAAGAUCUUACUAAGUGCCAGCAACCAAUGAAGGCAUGGAACACUGGGGCUCAUGCAGCAAUGGGCAGUGAUUCUGACAGUAUCAGCAGUUGCCACAGCAACAAAUCACAAGAAACCAGUCCUCCAGGCAGUCCACAAGUAGCUCAACGUAAAAUGUUAGCCAUGUCAUCAGGAGAUGAAUUGGAAACUGACCAUGACAACACUGACAGUGUAGGAAGACGGACGUGUAUGUCAAGAGCUGCUGAAACACAUUCAUUUAGAAAGUUAAAAACGCCAGCAAGAUGUCGAGAAUGUGACUCGUAUGUCUACUUUCAAGGUGUAGAGUGUUCUGAGUGUGGUCUUGCGAGCCACAAGAAAUGCCUGGAGCUACUACCCAUCCAGUGUGGCCGCAAGCGACUCCCUCGGAAGAUGACCACUUUUGGUGUGGAACUUACAGCACACUCAAGGGAAUCAGAUGAGGAAGUACCUCACAUUAUUACCAAGUGUAUAGAGGAGAUUGAUCGUAAGGGAUACUUGAUCAAGGGCAUUUACCGUGUAUCUGGAGUGAAGUCAAGGGUGGAAAAAUUGUGCCAGUGUUUUGAGAACGGAGCAGAAUUAGUUGACCUCACUGAAGUACAUCCUAAUGUGAUAGCUAACGUCUUAAAGUUGUAUUUGAGACAGCUGCCUGAGCCUUUGCUGACUUUCAGACUCUACCCUGAUUUCAUUAAAAUUGCAAAAGAUUAUCCAUCAAAGAAGGAUGAGUUAUCUGACACCGACAGUGCCGUUGAGGAGCUAUGUUGUUUAGUGCAGCGAUUACCUCGAGUACAUUUUAAAACCUUGGCUUACCUUAUGCAUCAUUUAAAAAGAGUGGCAGAACAUGCUGAGGACAACAACAUGCCUCCCAGUAACCUUGGGAUUGUUUUUGGUCCCACUCUUCUGCAAACAAGUGAAGGCAGUGCAUCAUUAAGCUCAUUGGUUGACACCAUUCAUCAAACAAGGGUCAUAGAACUGCUCAUUUCAUAUGCUGACAAAAUAUUUGGUGUUCCUGAGGACAUCUUUCCUGAUCUUCUGGUCAACAGCUCUGGGUUUGGAACCACAAGCUCGAGACGAUGCAUCUUUCCUCCAGAUGGUAAAGCUGAGAAAGCAACCUUGGGUCGAACACUUUCUGGGGUCAGUCAAGUGAGUGAUGUAGAUGAGAGUCUCGUAGUGGAUCCUCCUGGUGGUUCAUCUGACUACCCACUCCCAGGCUCACUUUCUACAGGUGCCAGAGAGCUUUCUCUGACAGAGACUGAAGAAUAUACUCAUUCAUCAGAUGAUUGGCUUGGUUCUGGAAGUUACUCUGAUGAUGAAAUGCCAGAUUUGCCUCUUCCUGAUGAUUCUGUUUGCAAAAAAUCUCCACUUCUGCCAAAAUCUAUCAGUUCAUUAGCAAUGGGAACAAAACGAUAUGCAGGAAAUCUUCCGUCAUCAAGUAGGUCUGAACUCCCUCUCAAGAACGUUAGUGAGGCUAGUCAGUCCAACAUAAUACAGAUUCAGAAUAAAGCUGGAGACAUCAGUAGUGAAGACAGUAAUCGACCAGUACCUCCUCGUCGAAAGAAUACACCACAUUCUUUAGCAGAACAGAUAUGUGAAAUGGAAAUGGUCCAGCCUUCCCCCACCAGCAAUACAUCAGUAGAGAACCAUGAUAGUCAACCCAGUAUCUACACAUCCACCACAGCUAUUACUUUAACUGACCAGAAAACCCACGCAGUAGGAAGCAGAGCAUCUACAGCAGAGCUAAGGCGUCAGUUUUUUGAAGCUCCACCAAAAACAACACCAGAGAUAAGUGCAGUUGCUCAACAAUUUGAAAGCCCUUCAAGACUGAGUAUUGGAUCUUACUCUACUUCUUCACUGGGGAGUGUUCAAACAAACAGCAGCCAGUCUAGUAGUGAACUCACUGCACAGAAUCAAGAAUCACAGCUUUCAGGUAUGGAAAAGCCAACAACAGCAAGUACAGUAUGCUCUGAAUAUGUAAAAACACCAGUUUCAUCAGUGGACUUUUCAACUAACAACAUUUCAUCACCCGUAAACAUCAGCACCAUGCAUCUGCCCUUAACGUUUUCUUCAAGUGCCAUCUUUAGUUCAUGGUCUUCUAGAAGACCACUGGGAAUAAACAGUACACAAGAUUUACACACCCAGGAAAGCUCUAAACCGUAUAUGGAACAUUCAAUGAGGAAGUUGUCGUGUCCAGAAGAAAUGCCAUCUAUACGUAGUCGCCAGAUAAAAAAAGCUUCUCGAACUUCCUCUUCACAGGAAGGUCUUGGUUCCAGAAAACAGGGCACUGACAGCUGUGAAAGUAACACAUUUAGAUCGGUGACUAAAAGUCAAGUAACUCCAUCUUCCCCCGCUUCAUCAUCUUAUACAACGUACUCUACUUCCUCAGUUCGCCACACCCUAAGUUCCAUAUCUUCUCAGGAAGAAGUAUUUCAACAGCCUGAAUCAACAACCGGUGUGCAGGAUAGACUGUCAUCCGAUCGUCAACCACGUUUUGUGUGACUCUACAUAGGUCUGUUCUUCAAAGUAUGGUCACCGUCACGUAACGUUCUUCAGAUAAAUUGCAGGAAUGCAUUAUUUGAAAAUACAUAGUGGCGGAUGCUAGGUUGGUUGAACCAUCGUUUGAAACAAAAAGAAUUUAUCUUGCUUUCAUAAUUGAUUGAUUGUUUCGGAGGUAUUUAGUUACUGAAACACAGUGGUAGUCUGGCCGUGUUGUGUUGCUCAAUGUCACGCAUAUGUACAUAAAAACCGUAAAAUACUUUUCUAGUGUUUAUUUAUGUCUUAACUAUGCAAUAGCUUGAAAAAAAAAGAAUGUUAAAAAAUUUUGUAUUAUCAUUCAUCUAUACGUGCUCUGCUUUCAUUCGUAAAACUAGACAAGUAAACUGCAGGGAUCAGUUUACAAGAGACAUUGUCUUGUAGACAGUAGGGCUAGUGAAUGAAUCUCAUGCACGUUAUGUAGUUGACGUGUCUUCUGUAGAGAAUAAUCGUACAAAGACUUGUGUAUGUCUAAGAACAUAAUAAUCAUAAUAUACUUGCUAAUGUAUAGAGUUGAAACUUCUUUUAAGGCAUCUUGAUAUUCAGGUGGCAGAGUACCACUUUGUUUAUUUCUUGAGGAAAUUUUUGAUUAUUUUCAUUCUUGUUCUAGUGUUUCCUGCCUUUUUAUGUUGUGUUCAAAUUCAUAUAAUUAUUUAACAAAGUAGAGUGUUCACAGUUCAGUAAUUUAAUUAUAUUAAAUAGAUGCACGUUACCUUGGUAUCUGCAUGUACUGACAAUUAGUUGUUUUGAUACAAGAAGAUAUUGUUGGGUUUCACAUGUUUACUAAUCCUAUUGUUAAAACUGUAUGCAUUGUUGGUAUUUCCAUGUCUACCUGGUAGCUAAAAGACAGUUCCAGACAUCAAGUAUGAUUAAUAUAACUAGUAGAUCACAUUAGAAACAAACGAUGAGGUCCUCGUGUUGAAAGUCCUAAUAUAUAUAUAUAAUGUGGGAACUGAAAGAAGUGUAAUGUAAUUUUUGAAAUGGAUCUGGCAUGAUAUCGAAAAGCUGUAUCGUUAAAAAUGAAUAAACACCUUUGUAUUAAUCUUAUUUUAUUUUUAAAAUUCUAAAAAUAAAGUGAUAUCUUGCACUGCAGUAAAUGAUUUAAUGACAGAAGAAAGUAUUCAGAAAAAUAGAGGAGGGUUGCAAAGUUACUGCUAGUAACAUAAAUAUAUAACAAGCUAAAAUAUAUACACGUAUGCUAGUGACGUUCCUUGUGAACAUUAAACCCUGUGUAUGAAGAAUGAUGAAUGUUUUUGUUAACAUCACUAUUACUAACAAUGUCUGUCAUUCAGCUGAGUUAGUAAAAUUUGUAUUUUGUAAGUAACCCACCUCCUACUAGUCAGACUGGACUUUCAAGAGUAAUUAGGUGUAACACUGAGAUGAUAAUUCCUGUUUACUUACAGUCCAGUCCACCAUGUGUUUUCAUUAACUUUCUUUGUACAGAACCUAGUAGGAUUAGUAAAGCUACCACUGUUGUCAAAAGACUGUAAAUCUUAUGAUUCGAUGCUAGAGGCGAAUAAAUUUGUGGAAAUAUA